AAAUAAAUAGCAGACCUGAUUGACCUAACCGACUGAAAUAUCAGACCAAAUUGAAUCCAUCACUCAAGACACAGCGGUCGCCAUUUCCCGCUGACCUAUGCAUUUGCAUUUAGUGUACGUCGUCUGUAUAAGCAUCAUUAACAUAGAUUGUGGAACACAGUUCUUCUUCAAUGUAAGUUCACAAGGAACAGCUACCAUCAGUCCCCUAAUAAACAUGCUGGUUUCCAUGGCAACCUGGAGCAGGAGCAGAAUCUACAGAACAAAUACUCAGCAGCAGUCAGGAGAAGAAGAGGGCUCUAAUAAUGUCUGCGCUGAGGUGGAGGGGUAGAGGAAGAGGAGAUGUAGGUCAUGAGGGCCAAAGUCAUUCAUGGCCUGAGCAAUUUAAAUUUAAAUGUGUUCAGUCGCUGUUCAUCAGUUCAGUUCAACAGAAAUGCUCAAUAGAAAUUAAAGAAUUAAGAAUUGGCUCCGUUUUUCAUGAACUGAAAACGUUGCAUUUCAAACCAUAUUGACAGCGUUUUGCCUCCUUUUUUUAAAACACAAUUCCAUAGAUUUCUAUAUGUAGAUAUCAUAUUUCUGUAUAUGCAACACGUUGAAACAGCGUUGUGGUUAUCACAACAGAAGUGCUUCAUAUGACAACAAAUGCAGUUUUAAGGCGUCUUGGAAAGGUAUUGAGCAUAAAAAAAUAUUUAUGGACCCCGGUGGCAUCGCGGAACGCGCGCUCACGUGUCCAAACAACGAGACCCGCAAAAUAAAGAAAAAAGAAAAAAAAGAAAGUCAAUGCAAGAAGGGGUUGACCGCUAAAAGAAAGUAAGUUCCUGGAAAACAACAGAAGAGUGAGGUGGGACGACGCGGUUCAAACUGAGCGAUUCCUCCGGGGGGGCUCGACUCCUCUGCUCGGCGCGCCACUUAAACCUCCGAGAAACACGGCGGUCCGUCAGCUGUCAUCCGGAUAACAGGCGGCGGCUCCGCGGACCGGAGGACUUCUGACAUGUCACUUUGGGUAAAAGGCUCUGCGACGGGCAGCAAAGGUGAAGCGCCGUGGCGAUGACACUUCGGGGACCUUGGCUGAAUCUUUUUUUUUACUUUUUCUGGUAAGCAUUUCUCAGAUUAAAUUCCAAGUAGAAUAGGCCUUAGAACUUUGAGUUGAAUAUUGGAUUCGUGCUGGUACCAUGGAACAUGUUAACACAUGACUGUGCCGUCAUAACGAAUUACUUUUUCUUAUGGGAGCAACUUUGUGGUGGCUUAUUUUUCUAAAUGCUUUUUUUGUGGACACAGUUAGGGGACCGUUUCCUACAGAAUUGAGAUUGUUUGUUUGUGUGAUAUUACAUUCGCCAUAUAAAUGUAACACUGGAAUGUACCCUUUAUUUUAAUCUUCAUGUGUAUGUUAAAUGUUUUUUGUUAAUCCUUUCCUAGGUAUGAGCAGUGGAUUAUAAUAUCCUAUGUAAAGUAAAGUUCCUGAGCUCAGAACUGGUGGUGACUUUGUUUCAGCCAUGAGUGGAAAGGGUUGUCAGCUCCUGGUGUCUCCUUGCAGCGUGUCCCCAUCAUUAAGCAUGAUCAGAGGUCACCAGUCCCCGUCUAUCAGAAUACCCAUGGCUUCCCCACAGCAGGCCAAAUUUAGUUCCUACUCCGACAUGGGGAAAGUGAAAAGAGGAGCCAUUCACUCCGUUAUCUCUGAGAAACAGAGCGGAGGCCAUGUUGUCCUUCCAGCCCUGAGUCUCCGUAGACAGGUGUUGACCAACGGGACGCACCAGAGCGUUUCGUCCGCAGAAAAAGUGUCUACCGCCAUACAGACGGGACGCUGCUUCAAAGGCGAUUUCUCUGGUUCUGGCCCUACCAUGGAAGUCUUUGGUCAGCCAGCCGCUGCUAACCUGACGGUAACCAGCAUUCCCAUGACGAUUGUCAAAGGCCAACAGCGUACUGCAAGGCCUGCAGAGCAACAUCCUCCAACACAUCCACACAGUGUGCCGAUUCCCCACACUGAUGCCAGAUCCUUGCAGUCCAGAGAAUCCCUGGCAUCCACUACCCUCAGUCAGUUUGAAACGCAAUCAAUGUUUAGCGGCCGACAUGACUGGUCGUACGGGUACCGCGUGCUUCCUCCGCUGGGUCCACCUCAGUGCUCCACCCAGGCCAGCGAAGGAGCGGAGCUGCUCGGCCUUCUCCCCGGCACGUCCAUGUCCGGUACGAACGUCUCAGGUGGCACCAGCACCUCUGCCUCGCUGCCCUCGUACCUUUUCACAGGUGAUGCCGGAAGCCCCAGGCAGUCACGGGCUAAGAAGAGAGCCCUCUCCAUGUCGCCUCUGUCGGAUGUCAUGGGCAUUGAUUUCAACUCCAUCAUACGCACUUCACCUACAUCCCUCGUGGCUUACAUCAACGGUUCCCGAAGCUCGCCCGCCUCCCACCCCACGCUGUCGCCGGUCCAAUCCGAAGGUUAUGGUCACUUCCUGGGUGUGAGGGGCUGCAGCAUCCCCCACGCCCAUCCCCACGGCAUGCCGGGUUCUUUCCCGCAAGCUCUGGCCCCUCAGACCGAUUAUUGCCGUAUGCAGAUGCUUGAAGAGGGAGGGGCCCUGGAGAGCCAGAUGGCUAACAUGGUGGUGGACCAGCAGUGCCUCCCUGGGGAAGGAGGGUCCCUGGAGAAGAGAGCCGAGAGCUGGAGCCAAAACACCAACAACCUGCUGGCACUUCCACGGUUACAGCCAGGCCUGUUGGCUACUAUCCAAGAGGCUGCUACUCCACAGGGGCCUCCACCACCCUACCACUCACACCAGCAUAUCCAUCUCACUAAACAGUACUGUAAAAAAAAGUCCCCUUCUCAGUUCCCUGUACCACAAGCUCCCGUGGUCCAUCACAGGCAUGGGGUGAACUUUCUACCCCAGGUGCCCAUGCUGGAGGAAGAAGAAGGAGAGCUGGAGGACUACGGCGCACACUGCUGCAGGUGGUUGGACUGUAGUGCAGUCUAUGACCAAAGGGAGGAGCUGGUAAGGCACAUAGAAAAGCUACAUGUGGACCAGCGGAAAGCUGAUGAUUUCACGUGCCAUUGGGUGGACUGUCCACGCAGCUUCAAGCCCUUCAACGCCCGAUACAAGCUUCUUAUCCACAUGAGGGUCCAUUCAGGAGAGAAACCCAACAAGUGCACGUUCGAGGGCUGCAAGAAGGCUUUCUCUCGACUAGAGAACCUGAAGAUCCACCUGCGCAGCCACACGGGGGAGAAACCCUACAUGUGUCAGCACCCAGGCUGUCACAAGGCUUUCAGCAACUCAAGUGACAGAGCCAAGCACCAGCGCACGCACCUGGACACAAAGCCGUAUACCUGCCAGGUGCCUGGCUGUGCAAAGCGCUACACCGAUCCCAGCUCCUUGAGGAAACACGUCAAAUCCCACUCGACUAAAGAACGGCAGUUACGGAAGAAGAUGAAACGCACCGCAGACGUGACUCAAGACACCCUGACAGACUGCUUAACCAUCCACCCUCUGCAACCCAGCCUGUCUCCUCUGGUGAGGAUACACUCGAACUCUCCUCCUUCUGCAUCCCAUGAGUCCUUCUGUGCUGCUCCACAGGGACGAGACUCCUCCAGCAAUCCUCACCUGGCAUUGUUGCGCUCCUUACAAGAUGAAUACAGGUUUGUUGAUGCCUCCCCUCAGCAGCUCCUCCCCGGGGACCAGUGCGGGCGUUGCACUCCCCCCUGCCUUCCUCGCCCUCCCGAAGAGACAUCACCAGAGGACAAGCGAGGUCUGAAGAACGCCAGCCAGCCUCCGGAUCCGGCAGGUCACAAUCCAGGGCAGAUUACGAUGCUAUAUUCUACACCACAAUAUGACCAGAUCACCGCACAGCCCAGCCUAAGUCACCUGAUGCAAGUUGAUACCUUCGGUGACACCUUACAAAUGGCUCCUUACUGUAUUACAGGUGCAUCUGCAGGAUUUGAUGUCCAGUCAAGCACAGGAUGUGAAUCCUAAUCAUGAACUGCACAGAGGGGACUUCUUCAGUGUGGUGGACCACUGCACAAGCCACAUCUCCUGCAUCUCCUACACAGGGAUGAUAUCACUUAUAGCGGUUGGCUUCCUUUGCACUAUUUUGUGUUCUUUUUAACAAGGGACAGUUCACCCCAAAAUCCAAAAACAAAUGUUUCUCUUAUUCCUGUUGUGCUAUUCAUCAAUCUAGAUUGUUUUGGGAGGAGUUGCCUGGUUUUGGAGAUAUCCUCUCUGCCUUCCAUGGGAAAUAAUGGGACUAUAUGGCACUCGGCUUGUAGAGCUUAAAGCGCCACAAAAUUGAUUUGAGAUACUCAACAGCAAUGUCCUUUUCAAGACAUCUUGAUCGUCACUGUAUCAAAACCUAAAAAUUCACUCAGAAAAAUCAAGAUUGAUAAAUAGCACAAAAGCUAAGAGGGGAAAUAUGGGCUUUUAGUUUGGGCUGAACUGUCCCAUUAAGUCAAAUGGUCAAUAGAACACUUCAAAUGGUGCCACAACAAAGCAGCAGCUUCAUUUAGCUAAAUAAAAGGGAUUUAGUUGAUUGAUUAACUGAUUGAUUGAUUCAUGACACAAUCCAAGCUGCUGCUCCCUUGGUCUUCAAGGAAUUGACUCUUACAGUCUAAGUGCUAAGUUUUUCUCUUUAAAUCUCACUCUAUGAAUGUACUAUUGGGCUCAACAGACUGACUUCUGCCUCCAUAAUCAAUGUUUAUAAAUAGCUGAGCUUUCAGGAAUUAAAUGUUUACUUGCUCAGUUCUAUACCAGUUGUGUAGAGCAACGUUAAUGUGGUAACUACUCACGGUAGUUUAUGGUUAAACUUUUCCCAAUAUUCAACAAUGCAAUCAAAGCAACGUGUGCAAGGGAAGGUUUUUCUUAGAACCACAGCUUUGUAACUAUAGUAACAAGACAUUCUCACUGUAAUGUUCACAGACAUUACCUGUUGUUUGAGUAUAGUACUGUAAUGUGCAAUGAUUGCUCCUGAUCAUGAGGUGGAUUUGUGUUGGUGACCACACCGAUGACUUUACACGUUUUAGUUGUUGCAAAUAACUUAUAUUUCACAUCUAAACAUUUAAGACUGUUUUUGUAAACUAUCAAUGACUAUAGCUGUUUUUAUUCACGCAAGUUACAGAAUUGUUGCAUUUUGAAACCAGUUUGCACUUUCAGUUGGAACCAUAACAAAACUAAAAAUCAGAAACAAUAGAUUACAAUCUGCAAGCGCAAAUUUGACGUCCCGGCAAAUGUUCGAAUUUUACAGUGUUCUGAAAUGACCACAAGGAUUUAAAACAAAAACAAAUAAAACCUCAACAUGAGCAGCAGCAGCAUAAAGUACACGUGGAUUAAAAUAAGCAGAAUCUACAGCAAUGGUGUUUUAACUUUUGAACAUAUUUGGAAUAGAUGAAUAAAAGACCAUUUGUACUGUG